AGUAACAAUAUGAACCUGGAUGCAUUUCUCCCUCCCAUGCUGGUUCCGAACCGAGAAGAACAAAGGCAUACAAUUACUCGAAAACGAAUGGAGAGAUUCUCAACGGGCGGACAAUUACUAUCUGUGACGGAUGUGAAAACGACGCACUUUGAUGAUAAUCCACAACAAUCGACACUUCCAUUUGAUGGCAACCGAUACUACUCGAAUAAUAGAAAUACGCUCCGCGAGGCGGAUUAUGACACUGUUCACACCUAUCGCGAUGUGCUUCAUGAACCAAAAAGGCAGGAAGUCAAUUACAGGAUUCCGAGAGCUAGAGAACCUGUGGAAAGAGAAUAUCCAGUUAAAAGAAUAGAUCGUGUUGCGCCAACGCAAAUCAUUCGAGAAUAUAGCAGAAGUGAUGAUUCAACUUUGAACCCAGAAUGGAAAACGACUGACUCUUAUGUACGGAAAACAUCAAUUUUAAAAACCGCUAAAAAAGAUUCUCAUCAGCACCAUCAUCAAGUUCCUGCUGCACCAUAUCCUGCUGGAACUCUUCCUCCCAGCUCUCAGCGAGUGGAAUGGAGAGAGCCACUAGACUGUCUUAUUGAUAGAAUGAACAGAAUCAGAAGUACAAUUGCUUGCCCUCCAUUGGAACCAUCGGUCCGGUUAGCUGAUAUUGCUGCCCAGUGGGCUCGGAUGUUGGCGAUCAGAGGGGAAUUUCGAAGUGACCGCAACCGAUGUAUGAACAUCUGGAUGGGGUCUCGUGUAACCGAGUCAAUUGCCGACAUAUGGUGGGAUGAAGCGGAAGAAUAUGGUACCUGGAACUAUCUCGACGUUCAAUCACUUUCGUGGGUUGGCGUGGCCAGUGCUUUUAGUGAACAACAUCGCCAAUUUAUCGUGGUUGCUGUUUAUGAGUGAUUUAUUGAUGGUUUUUUCUUAUUACAAUUGAACAAUUAUGAACCGCUUUAAUUAAAUUGUUUUCACAAAU